UUCAUGUUUUCUCUUUCCUCUCCCCUCUUUCACUUCCUCCUCCCAAGUCCCAAGCAACCGCUUCUCUCCGGCCGGGCCGCCGCAGCCGCCGUCUCGGCGCGCCCUCGCCGUACUAGCCCUCGAGUUCUACGGUCGUUGGGGGAGGCGUCGCCCGCUGCUUCCUCGGCCGAUGAGCCGCUGCCCUGUUUCCUCUCGUACAAUACAAUGGUGUCAAGGCCUGUAGUGCUUGUCUUUCUGUUGGUGAUUCUCAUAGUUACAUCCCAGUUUGAAUGGAAGCAACAGCUUGUCAAUGAGUUGGAAUCUACAACUCGCAACCAUCAACAUAUUUCAAGUAGAGAAGAGCUUGUCAAGGAUAAGAUAAUCUUAUCUCAAGAAAAGAUGAUUCAGAAAUUGAAUGACUUCAUCCAGAAUCUUCAGCAACAGUUGGUGCAAUGCCGUGAAAAUAAUAAGACAAUCCAUUCUUCUGGGACUUCUUUAACAUCUUAUAUUAGUGAAAUCCAGAGGCACCAGAUGAUGGAUGAUUGAUAAUGUUGUGAGCUAUGUGGAUAAAAAAAAAAGAUGGGAUAUUGACAAAGUCAUGCUGGCAGCGAAUUUCUCCCAGUAAAAGCAGUUAUAAUGUAGUAUUAGCCUUCACAGAAUAGUAUUAGAUCAGUUGCAAAGCAAAAAGAAUGCUGAUCUUGAGAAUCUGUGUAAUUGUAUUUUCCUUUUGUUAUGAUUGACAUCUAUAUAUUUUUAUGACAUAAACUUUAUAUUCUAUCCUCCAUAAAUUUUGCCAUC